GAAAUGUAAACAAAAGCAAAAUAUGAUGAAUUUGAGAUUUAACAUUAUUUUGGUUGCAAAGAGGUAUAAGGAUGACUAUCUUUAAUAGUACAAAGUGAAAAUAGGCAAAAAUAAUCAAGGAUAAUACUUUUUGCUGAAUUUUUUCAAUGUCAGCGUGAGGGAUUAACUUUAAAAUUUAUAAAUUAUUCAAAACUUAGAGCAUCCUUCCAUUCUUAAGAUCAUCUAAAUUAGAAACGAAGGAAUCUACACGGUAUUGUUUAUUAUAAUGACAAUAAGAAAAAAAAUAGCACCAUGAUGAAUAGAUCAUGCGUUAUAUAUGAAUAUCCAAAGGGAGGGGAACUGUUUGAAUACUUAUUUUAAACAGGAAAAUUUCAUGAAGCCCAAGCCAGACACUAUUUUAAAUAACUUGUUGAUGGUAAUAUAAUUAAUAAUUUAAAGGAUUGGUUUCAAUUCACAAGUAAGGAUUAUAUCAUGGAGAGUUGACAGCAGAAGUCAUAUUUUUUGCUGAUGCCAAAACCAUUAAAAUCGGAGAGUUAGGACUGAAUUAGAUAAGAAAAAAAAAAUAUAGUAAAACUUUAUUACAAAGUAUAUAGCCUUUGAGACUCCAUCAUGGGCUAAAGAGAACAACAAUUAUGAAUAAAGCAAAGACAUAUUUGCACUAGGAAUGAUCUUGUUUAUAUUGAUGGUUGGAAGGCCACCAUUCUCCAACACUGAAAAGACAAAUCCAAAUUAUAUGGGAUUUCAAACUACACCCCAAUCGAUUUGGAAACAAAUNCAUUCUUUUAACCAUUUUCCCAUUUUCCUUCAUAAAAGCUUCCAUCAACAUAAUAGUAUCUCCCAUGUCCAUGUUUCUUACCAUUAACCCAUUGCCCUUCAUAUUAACUAUUAUCAACAUUGA